UACCAGGGGUAAUAAACUGGAGGGUGGACGUGCCCCCUCUCUCCUCCGCAGUGCACUUGCAGCUUAGCAGCACUCCGGACAGGACGGUCUUCCCCACCUCCUGCUCCUCUUCUCCUCCUCCUCCUCUCUGUGUGUUUGUGUGGGCUGGUGGUGGUGGUGGUGGUGCUGAGGAGUGCACCGACAGUCGCAGCUGACUCCAGUCCAGAGGUCCCGGACAGAGGCGUGAUGGUGUGGACUCAUUGAUAAAAAUCCGCCGCCGCUGGAAUUAACAUGAGCACUCCCGCUGAGCGGCUCUCCUCCUCCACAUAGCGCUGCCUUCUCUGCACAAGAUCCGUUUGUGUGUUUGUGUGAGUCCAGCAGGCGACGCAGGAUGACUACUGCCUUAUCUCUGGUGCUUCUGUGCGCUUUGGUGGCGUUAGCGUUGGCGUCUAAGACGGAGCGGGCGGUGCAGCUCCCCUGUGACUCCGGCCAGUACACCACCAAUGGAGAAUGCUGCCAGGAGUGUCCACCUGGAGAGGGAGUGGUGAAGAAAUGUGGCGUCACACAGACUGUAUGCUCCCAGUGUUUGGACAGUGAGACCUUCUCAGAGAACUACAGUCACACAGAGCAGUGCAGGCCCUGCACCGAGUGUACCGGCCUGAUGCGCAUGGAGACGCCCUGCACCGACUCCAACGACGCCAUCUGCAUCUGCAACUACAACUUUUUCUUCAACGGGAUAUCCGGCCAGUGCGAGCCGUGCACAGUGUGCCCAGUGGGUCAGGGUGUGUUUGCGCACUGCGAACACGACCAUGACACGGUGUGCGAGGAGUGCGUGGACGACACCUUCUCUGACCGCGAAAGCUCCCUCGACCCCUGCCUGCCCUGCACCAUCUGCGAUGAGGAGGACAGUGAGAUCCAGCUGGCUGUGUGCACACCAAACAGCGACUCGGUCUGUCACAAUCCUCUGCUCCCAACAUACAUCUCUCCCACCUCCGACAUGGGCCCGUCUGCACCCUCCUUCACCAAUUACUUCCUUCCCGAUGGCUCCGACAGCCCGCUACCGGGAGGACAGACGACCACGUCCAGCGCCGGCUCCCCUCGCUUCCUCGGCCACGGUCUCAACGAAAACCUCAUCCCCAUCUACUGCUCCAUCCUGGCCGCCGUGGUGGUGGGCCUCGUGGCCUACAUCGUUUUCAAGAGGUGGAAUAGCUGCAAGCAGAACAAGCAGGCAGCUAAUAACCGUGCAGCUACAAACAACCAGAUGGUGACACCGGAGGGAGAGAAGCUGCACAGCGACAGCGGCAUUUCGGUGGACAGUCAGAGUCUGCAGGAGCAGCAGCAGCAGCAGCAGGCCCAGGCUGAGGUCCAGGCUCAGCCCUCACACUCACGCACACAGGAACAGAUAGUGGUGAGGGUGGACGGCGGCCCCCAGCCUGACACGCCUUCCCAUCAAGUCUAAAGGAAGAAAAAGAAGAAGAAGAGGAGGCGUCAGAGCUAAGGACGGGGAGAGGAAAGCAGGGACUUGGAACUGUGGACCAAAAAGAAAGCAGGGGCGACGACCACAUGGAAACGUAAAACUGACAGAUUCAUAUCUGAAGUGGACAAAGGAGCAAAGACUUGUAUGGACCUUUCAGCACCUUUGGGCGAAAGUCUGACUCUUCAUCCCUGCGUAUAGAGUCCAACACUAUCAAUCAGUGUGCAACUGGACACAACUUCUGUGGCAAUAUCAACCAAUAUCUGUACCAAUGUGACUGCAGAUACAUAAUCAUAGAUAAAUGCCAGUGCAUCUCGUAUUAACAGACUAUUCCAGUAUCUAAUGACGUAAUUCUCACUAACUGCCAAUUUAGUCUUCUCAGCGCCUUCUUAAGCUUUACAUUGUCCCCUUAAUUUCACAAUUACUCGCCAUGAAACAUAUGUGCCUGACAGGUAAAUAGGUACAAAGGUUCUCCAUUAUCUCCUCUUUCUUUUCCUUGUGCGUCAAAGAGACUUCCUUCCUCAGAGACCAGCUCUUUUUUCCCUCUCACAUCUUCUUCUGUGGCGUCCCACUCUCUGAUAAUCCUCUGUCUCUCUCCACACAAUUCCUUCUAUUAGACCCCCGCCAUCAGCUGCGAUACAAAAAGCAGCGGGGGAGCCAUGACUCACUCCCGACACUUCUUCUGAAGUUUAAUAUUCUUUUAUCAUUUAACCACAGACGCUUUUCAUGGCAUGUUGUCUUGUAAAAUGUUUCAUUGUCUGAGAUUGGCUGCACCGGCUGAUGCAAAUGACUCAUACAGUAUUUGAGAAAAAGGUCAAUAGCUGUGCAGCCCGCUCGCUUAUCAACUGUUUUUUUCUUUGGGUGAGAUGCAUCUUCCGGAACCCAAAGUUGACCCUUUCACAGCGCCUCCAGGGAUUGAAUUUCUUGCUUAUAAUGUAACACACCCUAAUGUUUGUCUCCUGUUUGUGGUGCAUUACUUUCAUUUUGUGGCUUGAGUUACACGGCUGAUUCAGCAAGGUGCCUCCAUGGCCCUAACAUAAGAGAAACAUAUCCGGACUAUGGGGCUCUGCUGACUCACUGUCCAAUGACGUCAUCAGUGACCCAGUAUACAGAGCUGCUUAUUAAACAGAUGCUUUAAUGAAUUUGGUACUGAAAAGAAAAAUGUACAAAAAGGAAUCCCAUUUGUCGUUCAUUACGCUUACUGAGUGGGAAAUUGGGACACCCCUCAGAGGCACCCACCCUUCUCCACACUCAGUCUUACAGUCUUGCGUACGACUCUGUCUGCGUGAUAGAGCCUGAUAAACAGUGCAGAGGCGCUAAUGCAUCGGUGGCGGCGGCGCUCAUGUCAACACGGGGCCCAUUAGAUAGACUUCCUGACAGGCAGGUAGUAAUUACCUCAGGGUUUCAGCUUCAUUUACCCUCGGCUAGGCUCGGCUCAGCCACUUCUCAUCGGGAUUAAUGCUGUGGACAACAGAGGGGCGACACGGCUCUCGUUGAAGCCUCAGCAUGACAUUACAGAUCCCUUAUCUAAGUCUGAAGUCACUGACAUUUACUAUAUCGGCAUGGUGAUAUAAAAGCACUUAGUUUCAAGGCAAGGUGGCACCUUUUAUCACGCAGGACCACUUUACGCUGCCUCCCUCCCGGUGCUUGCAGUAACUAUAAAAGCAGUUGACAUACUGUAGAUAUAAAGUAAAAGAAGUAUACUGUGGCGGAGUUUGACUGCACUGCUUCAAAAUUCAUUCCUACAGAAGCGUGUACUUUCUCAGGGUACGUCUACGUUGUGGUGUGACUGAAGAUUAUCGAGAGAUUUAUAGAGGAUUUCUGUAAACAACCUAUAGAUGUAUGAUAGAGUAGGUCGGUAAGUACAGAUAUAAAGCAGCUGUUGAUGUUGAAAAACGACAAAGAUACAGGUUGAUAUGCCAAUUAGCUGAUACCGACAUGAUUCAGACACAGAAUUUAAAGACAUAGUUUGACAUUUUGGGGAAAAAAAAGUUGUUCACUUUUUUUUCUCAGACUUAAAUAAGAAGAUUGAUACCACUCUCAUGUCCUGCCAGCAUUUGGUUAGCUUAGCUGAGCAUAAAGACGGGAGUAACAGCUAGCCUGACUCUGUCCAGAGAUUACAAAAUCCACCUAGCAGGACCUUAAAAACUUACUCAUUACUACAUUAUAUCUUUGUUUAAUACAAAAAAUACAAGUGUAAAACUCAACAUGUUUGGUGAUAAGCUGGACCAUAACUUCUUGACAAGGUGUCUAUCUUCUCAUGUAACUCUGGCAAAGAAAGCAAACACCUGUACGAACUAAGACAUGUUUACUUGUCAGCCGAGUUUGUAGAGUUUAUUGAGCAAUGGAUGGAUAACACAUGUCUGGAAGACCGAGGAAGUGAGUCAAUAAAUCAUGUGUGACGCUGCAUGGAUCGGUCGCAUGGUCACCAACAUUUCAAGACAAUUAGAAAGUUUGUGGUCUCUUCGCUUGUGAUUCAUCUGGAAUCAGUGCAGCGAUAUGAAUGGAAACCAAUAAUGCUGUCCCCACACACACACACACACACACACACACACACACACACACACACACACACACACACACACACACACACACACACACACACACACACACACACACACACACACACGAUUCACUCCUCUACUGAGAGAGCCAGUGUGAUUCAUCCUGAUCAUAGCUGUCGUAAUAUUGUCAUAGACAUUAAAGCAGACGCUGCUACAGUAUGAGUGACCAGAGUGUUGAUUUAAAGAACAGAAAAUCCUCGACUCUGUGUCCCCCUGAGGCCUAAUUGACCGUCGAGCAGCGCACUCGUCCACCCUGAACAGACAUAUUCUCUUGCUCUCUAGCUUGUGACGUGAGACACACAAUGGAAGAAUGUACAACCGGAAUAUAAACAAAAAUAUGCAAGACACAUUCAAGGAUAAGGUUUAUGUUUGCCCUCAUUCUGUUGUAAAUGUGUCUUUCCUGUUGGUUUAUAUUCUGAAUAGUAUUACUUUUUCGAGUCAGUAUUUUUUCUAAAUAUGUUAUUUUGUAGCACUUAUUAGAUGUAAUAUGAAUGCACUCAAAGAGUGUACCACAGUUCAAGUGCCUGUGUACAGUGUCAGGUCUUUAACUUCACAAGUUCGACUAUAUUUUUUUUGGCAGUUUUUCCACUUAUUUUAUGUUUUUUUUUGUGCAUUUCUUUGAUAUGUUGAGAGCUAAUAAAGGUUUUUAGUAAACAUAAUUCAGAUGAACUUUGGAGACUCAAACAAACUGUAUAAACCUGGCACCAAUAUAGAGAGACUUACACAUAGUUUGCCAAUGAAGACAUACGGUAUGUUAACAUGCUAUAUAUACUUGCAACUAACAGGAGGUUUGUGUAGCAGUACAGAAACAUAUACAUGACACUUGAGACGUCUACCCUAAAACCCACAUAUGCUUUUAGUCAACAGAAAUCACCUCUACUGUGCAGAGGAUUUGCAUGUACAGUAAGUUUUAUCAUGUAACUCCAGAGGCGACGAGACAAGUAAUCUGCCGUAAUGUGAAAAUCAUUACAAACUUGAAACAGAUGGAUCAGAACCUGCUCCUGAAAAAGCUGAAUGUCACCUGUACUUAGCUACUAAUGAAAAAUUCAUUGUGUAAAAAUUGAAUUUCUUAGAGUUGAUACAAGAUACAAAACUACACUAUAAAAUGUAAAAAAACAAAACAAAAAUGUGUGCAACUGAAUACAAUAAAUACAUCCAUAAUACAAUAAACAGAGAAGUCAUUGCA